AUGCCGCUGCCGGCCGCGCGCGGGGCGGCUGAGGCGGGGUGGGCCAGAGCCGGAGCCGGAGCCGGGGGAGGCGGCGGGCGGCGGCGGCGGGCCAUGUGUCGGCCAGGGGUGCGCGGGCUCCUGGGCCGGGCGUGCCUGCUGCUGCUGCCGCCCUGCGCCCUGGUGCUGGCGGCGGUGCCCGGCUCCGCGUCCCACCCGCAGCCCUGCCAGAUCCUGCGGCGCAUCGGGCACACCGUCAGGGUGGGGGCCACCCACCUGCAGCCCCGCGGCCCCUCCGCCGCUUGGAGAGGGGAGGCGGCGGGCGGCGGCCCCGAGGGGGAGGUUGCGGCGGGGGCUCGGGGCCGCCGGCCGGGGGGCGGUGGGGAGCGGCAGCCGGGCCCCGCUCCCUCGCCGCGGGACGCGCUGCUGCUGGCCGUGGCUAACCUCAACGGCGUGGCCGGGCUGCUGCCCUACAACCUGUCCCUGGAGGUGGUGAUGGCGAUCGAGGCGGGGCUGGGCGACCUGCCCCUAUUCCCCUUCUCUUCCCCCAGCGCUUCGUGGAGCAACGACCCCGUCUCCUUCCUGCAGAGCCUCUGCCACACCGUGGUGGUGCAGGGGGUCUCCGCCAUCCUCGCCUUCCCGCAGAGCCGCGGGGAGAUGCUGGAGCUGGACUUCGUCUCGGCGGCGCUGCGCAUCCCCGUGGUCAGCAUCGUACUGGGAGAGUUCCCCCGGCGGAGCCCGAAUCCCCUCCAUCUGCAAAUGAGUUUAGAAAACUCGUUGAGCUCUGAUGCUGAUGUCACAUUCUCAAUCCUUGCAAUGAACAACUGGUACAACUUCAGCUUAAUGGUAUGCCAGGAGGAGUGGAACAUCACGGAUUUUCUCUUCCUCACACAACAGAGCUCCAAGUUCCACCUGGGGUCCAUUAUAAACAUCACAGCAAAUCUCACUUCAACCAAGGACCUUCUGAACUACCUACAGUUUUACCUGGAGAGCAUCAAAGACACAACAUCUACCAUGGUCAUGUUUGGAUGUGACAUGGAGAAAACAAGGAGAAUUUUUGAAAUAACUACCCGAUUUGGUGUGAUGCCUCCAGAACUUCACUGGAUUAUUGGGGAUUCACAGAAUGUGGAAGAACUGAGGACAGAAGGUUUGCCACUCGGUCUCAUUGCUCAUGGCAAGACAACACAGUCUGUCUUUGAGCAUUAUGUGCAGGAUGCAAUGGAGCUGGUAGCAAGAGCUGUAGCAGCAGCCACCAUGAUUCAGCCUGAACUAGCUCUUAUUCCGAGUACAAUGAAUUGCAUGGACACAGAUGAAAAAAAUAUAACCUCAGGACAGUAUUUGUCGAAGUUUUUAGCUAACACAAGUUUUGAUGGUCUCAGUGGCCACAUUAAGGUGAAGGGUUCCUCUGUUAUCAGCUCAGAAAACAACUUCUUCAUCUGGAACCUGCAGCAUGACCCUGUUGGGAACCCUAUGUGGACUCGUCUAGGGAGCUGGCAAGAAGGAAAGAUUGUCAUGGACUAUGGGAUAUGGCCAGAACAGGCCCAGAGACAUAAAAGUCAUAUGCAGCACCCCACUCGGCUGCACCUCAGAGUGGUAACUCUUAUUGAGCACCCUUUUGUCUUUACAAGAGAUGUAGAUGAUGAAGGUCUUUGCCCAGCAGGGCAGCUGUGCCUGGAUCCUUUGACCAACGAUUCAGCAGUGCUGGACAACCUGUUUGAAACUCUUCAAGGAGGAAAUGACACCGUUCCCAUUGAGCUGAAGAAAUGCUGCUACGGCUACUGCAUUGAUCUGCUGGAGAAAUUGGCUGAGGAUAUGAACUUUGAUUUUGACUUGUACAUUGUUGGUGAUGGAAAAUAUGGAGCCUGGAAGAAUGGUCAUUGGACUGGGCUGGUAGGAGACCUUCUUUCUGGGACAGCUCACAUGGCAGUGACAUCAUUUAGCAUUAACACUGCCCGCAGCCAAGUGAUUGAUUUCACUAGCCCUUUCUUUUCCACUAGUUUGGGGAUAUUGGUGAGGACCAGGGACACGGCAGCUCCGAUUGGAGCCUUCAUGUGGCCACUUCACUGGACUAUGUGGCUGGGGAUAUUUGUUGCGCUCCACAUCACUGCUGUUUUCCUCACCUUAUACGAGUGGAAAAGUCCUUUUGGGAUGACCCCCAAGGGAAGGAACAGAAACAAAGUCUUCUCUUUCUCCUCUGCCCUGAACGUCUGCUACGCGAUCUUGUUUGGAAGAACAGCUGCCAUCAAACCCCCCAAAUGCUGGACUGGAAGGUUUUUAAUGAAUCUAUGGGCUAUUUUCUGUCUGUUUUGUUUGUCCACGUACACAGCCAACUUAGCUGCUGUCAUGGUUGGAGAGAAGAUCUAUGAAGAGCUUUCUGGAAUACAUGACCCAAAGCUCCAUCACCCGUCCCAAGGGUUUCGCUUUGGAACUGUGCGAGAAAGCAGCGCAGAAGACUACGUGAGGCAAAGCUUCCCCGAGAUGCACGAGUACAUGCGGCGGUACAAUGUCCCUGCAACCCCAGAUGGAGUAGCAUAUCUAAAGAAUGACCCAGAGAAACUUGAUGCCUUCAUUAUGGAUAAAGCUCUCUUGGACUACGAAGUAUCCAUAGAUGCCGACUGCAAGCUUCUAACUGUGGGAAAGCCCUUUGCCAUUGAAGGAUAUGGCAUUGGUCUUCCCCCCAACUCUCCACUCACCUCCAACAUCUCCGAGCUGAUAAGCCAGUACAAAUCCCAUGGCUUCAUGGAUGUUCUGCAUGACAAGUGGUACAAAGUUGUUCCGUGUGGGAAAAGAAGCUUUGCUGUCACAGAGACACUGCAAAUGGGCAUCAAGCAUUUUUCUGGGCUCUUUGUGAUGUUGUGCAUUGGGUUUGUUCUAUCCAUUCUUACUACCAUUGGGGAGCACAUAGUGUACAGACUGGUGCUACCACGAUUCAAGAAGAAAUCCAAGAUGAAGUACUGGCUCCAUACAAGCCAGAGAUUACAUCGUGCCCUGAACAGUUCAUUUAUUGAGGACAAACGCCAGACUAAAACAAAACGAGCAGAAAAGAGGUCCCACGUAGGGAACAGCCAGCAUGCCGUGUGGAAUACAGCCAACACAGGCAACUGUCACCGGAAAAAGUACAUCUGCACUGAUGAAGGGCAAAACGAGGUGACAGUCCGACAGCACCAAGACAUUCCUCUGCCACAGGUGAGGAGGGAGACUCUGGCUUCUUUAACGACCAACGGAAAAGCAGAGUCCCUCAGUAUUGCUAGGACCUCAGUGAUGCAAGAGCUCACGGAGCUGGAGAAGCAGAUCCAAAUUAUCAAGCAAGAGCUGCAACUCGCCAUGGACCGGAAAUCAGAGCUGGAAGAAUAUCAGAGGACAAACAGGACUGCAGAGCCCUAGGCCAGCACACUUGGCCCCUUUCCCCUGUCCUUCCUAACACCCCUUCUCUGUAAAAUUUGUAACUUGCUUUUGUAAUGCCAGAAAGAGGCAUGAAAAUAAAGCAGGCAAUAUGCUCUUCAUGAGAGCAGAGUUGCAGCAGCCCACAGCCACUGCCA